UCCUCUUUUAAAAUGGCGUUAACGAGGGCUGGGAUCCGCUGGGAGAGUUGUCAUAUUCUUCUGAAUAAUAAAAAACCGCCGGCUUCUUAAACUACUCUUCACUGCGCUUGGGGCUCUGGUCACAACGAGGGCCCGGCUCAUUCAUUGACCAGACUUGGCUGGGGCGCCCAGGGUGUAUGGGGGCACCGUGCCCGUUCCUGCUCCGCCCAAACUGAGUGACAGCCCGGCUUGGUGGGUACUGGGACAGAGAAGCUCAAGGGUUGUUGGAGCCUGGUAGGGACCACUCGCCAUGGUGGGAGGUCAAGGAGGCCUCCUAGAGGCGGCGAUACUUGGCAGGAGCGGGGCACUGAGCACUGCAGCUGCAGCUGAAGUGUACUGGCUGGGGACAAAGUGGAGUCUGGAGAAGUGGACUGGGACCUGGAUAGCAGAGCUCUGGGAUGCCCGUCCUUCUCCAUGGGUCCCUGCUGGUCCCAAAUCUUGGAACUAGAAUGGUUCUUGCUCCUCGGAUAUUCACUCUCUGUCCCAGACCUGACCAGAAAGGGUGACAGAAAGACUCAGAAUUGUGGCCUCAAAAGCAUGACCUCCAUGGCAGCGGGAGUUACAAGGAGAUCUGACUUAAAAUCCCUGAAACUCCACUGUACUAACAGUCAGCACGUCUGACACAGGAGAGGCUCUUGAUUUAGAUGUUCUUGCUCAUCAUUUGAUAAGAUUCCUUCAGAAAGAUUUUAUUAUUGUCCCCAUAUGCAGAUGGGAAACUGGAACUAGGAAGUGUCAACAACUUGUCCAAGACACUAUCUAGCAACCAGGUUUAGACCUUGCUUGCAGCUUUUUUGUCCUUCUUGUGAGGUUCUGGCUGCCCUGGGCUGGAGGGCUUUUACUCUUUUGACAUUCACUGGUUGGUUGAAGUGUGGGGUAAUGGGCUGUUAGCAUUAAUGACUGACACGUAUGGGGGGGGGGCUUGCAAUGAACAAAGUGCUCUCACUGAGAUGGUUCUUAGAGUUUCUCCUUCUCUUCCUAGGGAAGAAACUUGAGCUGGUAACAUUUUGUAAAUCUCCUAAUUUCCUGUAAAUUGCAAGUCCCUGCUGACUGGGGUUGAAAAUGUUUAUGGCCGUGGUUUUUCCCCUUGGGUCUGUUCUCAUUGCCCAGCAGCUAGUUAGCUUCUCUGUCUGAUUUCUGUUGGAAUUUGUCCUUUCUCUGCCAGGGCAGGAGGCACAGGGCUUUGAUAUCCUAGGAUUUUUAAGGCUGCAGUGUCUGCCUUUAUCGGGGAAGGGGGUAUUGAGUAUGCGUGGUGCUCUGGUGAAAACUGCUCCACCUCAGCAGCAGCCUCAACGUUUGCUUUUAUAGAGGGGGCAUCAGGGCCUUCUGGAAGCCCUGGUGAGGCAAAUGACAGUCUUCGACGUUCCCAGCUUUGUUUCCGCAUGAGGCUGUUUGUGUUUUCCACUACUCAUGUUUUCACCUACUUCAGCUGUUUUUGUGACAGGUAUGACUUUUAUUAUUAGCUCUAACCACAGGUAUUUCACAUUUUUCAGUUGAUCUGAACAGCUUAUACAGUGGCAAGUCCAUUAUCCCUGAGUUGGUUCCUGAACUUGAAUGACCACCUGAAACCAGGCAGGGCAGCUGAUCUCUGAUGAACUGAACAAACUCCCAGGGGGACUGGCCCUAACAUCAGCCAGAAUCAAAGGUUGACCAGCCUGGUCUAUUGAGUCUGACCCAUCCGAAACAUGGCCACCAGUGCCGUCCCCAGUGACAACCUCCCUACAUACAAACUUGUAGUGGUGGGUGAUGGAGGCGUGGGCAAGAGUGCCCUUACCAUCCAGUUCUUCCAGAAGAUUUUUGUGCCUGACUACGACCCCACCAUUGAAGAUUCCUACCUGAAACAUACAGAGAUUGACAAUCAAUGGGCCAUCCUGGAUGUUCUAGAUACUGCUGGGCAGGAGGAGUUCAGCGCCAUGCGGGAACAGUACAUGCGCACGGGGGACGGCUUCCUCAUUGUCUACUCGGUUACGGACAAGGCCAGCUUCGAGCAUGUGGACCGCUUCCAUCAACUCAUCCUGCGCGUCAAGGACAGGGAGUCUUUCCCGAUGAUCCUUGUGGCUAACAAGGUGGAUUUGAUGCAUUUGAGGAAAAUCACCAGGGAGCAAGGAAAGGAAAUGGCAACCAAACACAAUAUUCCGUACAUAGAAACCAGUGCCAAGGACCCACCUCUCAAUGUCGACAAAGCCUUUCACGACCUGGUUAGAGUAAUUAGGCAACAGAUUCCGGAAAAAAGCCAGAAGAAGAAGAAGAAGACCAAAUGGCGGGGAGACCGAGCCACUGGUACCCACAAACUGCAGUGUGUGAUUUUGUGACAAGCCUGAAGCUCUGAGCGCAGUGAUUGUGAACUGGCCAGUCCUUGGGCCCCCUCUACUGCCUAACCGCACUGAAAACCAUUUCUAACCAUGACCCCUGGCCCGAGGACUUGGCACAGGAAGGGGGAAAGGGAGGGCGGGCAUGGGGGAGAGGGGUCUGCCUUGGCCCAGAGGGCACCAGCUUUCCCGCUUCUCACAGGACGAGGAAGUGACGGGUAAACUGAAGCAGCAUCCAGGCCCCUGGUGUUGAUUCCACUUGGUUCCUCCCUCUCGGGGUGGCUGCGUGGUUUCUUUGAACUACAUAGUAUUUUGGUUUGUUGUGGAAUUGCUGAUCCACGUACGAAGUACAAAAUAAGCCAUGAACAAGUCCCACUCCCCAACCCCCAGUCCACAGUGUCUGAGCUUGGGUGUCUUUUGUAGGUUUUUAAAUUAUUUUAGUGGUUAUUAUUUUAUUAAAGGGGUCUGUGCCCACUACCUGGUGAAGGUUUGAGUCUUCAGCAGACCUCUCAGUAAUGUGUCUGGAAUAUUGUUGUUUUAACUGAGAUCUCCCUGCAGUGCCAAAACUCAGCUCCGUCUGAAAGUGCAGUGACUAAGAGGUGAGGUUAGUAGGACCUGUAUGUAGCUGGAGACUCAAGAGAAACAGGCCGUAGUCCUGGCCUGAGAGCUGGAGAGAGGAGAGGAGGUAUGUCUGCCCAAAGGCAUUUACUAUGGCUGAGGACGCAGAGAUUAGGAAACAGAAUUUUAUUUUGCCAAGGGGAGAAGCUGGUAUAAGAAUGUCACUUCUGAUAGGGCUUUUCUGGAAAUGUUUAAGUAAGCUGAUUGAUUGCAGAAGAGUUCAUUUGUCAGACAGCAUGGGUUAAGUUUGGUGUUCUUCCUGGCCACGCAAAAGGCUUUCUCAGAUCUGUCUGUCCUUUGCUGCUCUCACACAUGGCCCGUGCUGCCUGAUACAGACACUGACAUGGGCAAGUACAUUUCUUCACAUCACCCUAAGCUCAUGUGGACACCAUCCAGAAAGCUGGCAAAUGUUAAUCUUAACCAAAGUGAUCCAAUACUGUUCUUAUUAAUAUGAAACCAACAUCUGAAGUCAUUUUCCCUUUGAAUCAACUCACUGCUGUUUCUUAAACCCAGCACAUAAUCAAAGCCCUCUAAGUAUCUGCAGACUUAGUGGUAGCUUCUUUCCCAGCACACUUUGGUUAAUCUCUUGACUCUUAACUAUGAUGCUUGAUAAAAGGCAGAAAGGAAGGUUGGGGUGAUGACAUGACUCCCAAUCAUCUGUUUCUGCACCACGACAGUCUUCCAAUUCCCUAAUGAUACCCACUUCUCUCUCAGGUGUUGCUGGUGUGAGCCAAAAACUGGAAUUUUCUGGCCAGGGUCGGGGCAGAGGGGCAGCAGGAACUCAUGGUCUCGCUGAGGUCAAAAGAUGAAGCAGCGUGGCUAGUGACCUUAUUUUCCAUCAGUUUCAGUCAGCCCAUUAGGCAGACUAAAGAAUCCCUAGCAAGUGUCCUGCCCAUUGUUUGGAGAAAGAAAUCUGGAGAGAGUGAGUCCCCGGCUGGACAUGGAUUCUUCUCCAGUUUUGAAAGAUCAUGAACAAUCCAAGGCCUGGUCAAAGGGCGAUUCUGCUACAGAGUGAAGCUGUUGGGACUUUGGUUAGUCAGAAAUCAGACCUCCCUUUUUGUCUAAAUAGCCCUUUCUUGCAGACCCUAAAGGGAAGGAUAACAAAAAACAUUCCAGAUCAGGCACUUCAGAACUUCCAAGAUCCCAUUUUAAAACCUAAUAGGACAAGACUCUUUCCAACCUUUAUACUCCUGUGGGCCACCAUGUCCACAGUAGCCCUGGUGCUGUUUGAUGGCAGCUGCAAGCUGGAGAUGAGAAAGAGGCCAGGCAGGCAGGAAGAAGUAAGGAUGGAGAUGCUUUGCACCAAGGGAGUGGUGGAGCCCUGCACACAGGGCAGUGUGUGGUGAGGAAAACUGCGGCUGGGUACAGACCAGCAUGCCUCUGCCUGCCAUGGAGCCUGCAGCCCCCAACCGCUCUGAGUAGGGAGUCUUGUUGGAAGCAGAUCAGUCGACCCCGAAUGAAACCCUUAGCCAUGAAAGUAACCAGAAGAAGGGGUUCCAGCCAAUUCUGGCCUCCAGCCCUGGCCCCACCUUCCAGGCGUCUGUCACACCCUCAGCCAUGGCUAACUCCACAAUGCCCCAGGGAAAAACCAGCUAAAGAUAGUCUUCUACAGCCUCUGUUGCUGAGCCAGUGGUCAGCCUUCAUCACACAUGACCUCGUCUCCCCCUUAAGUGAGAUGAGUAAUAACACCUUUAAAAGAUGAUUCUUUGUUUUUCAGAGACUAUAGGCCCUCAUGGCAGUGGCUGCUUCCAGGUAUGCCAGAAUGGCUUGUACCCUGGGGUGUCCUAGUAUACUCUUUGCCAUGGUCACCUGGCAGGGCAGGUCUGGGAAACCAGUUGGCCAAGCUACUCCAUGACUGAGGAGCCCAUGGAGACUGGAGUCUCUGGUGACCUCCUGGGAUCCCACAGGACUCCCAGACCUCCUAAGUAGUGAGUGUUACCUUCGCAUCCCCUGGGCACACCCUUCUUGAAGUCUCCUCAACCUAUGCCUUUGCCACUGUGUGCUCUCCGAUUCCCUUCUAAAAUCCUGUGUCCCUCUUAGAGCCCCUGACUUCCCCUGUGCCAUACCUGGAUGCCUGGAUGGUUACCUUGCCCCCCACCUUCCUGUGGCACUUGCUGUGGAGAGUGCCUGGUCAGCCCACCAUGGCUGGUCUCAUUGUGCCAGGAGAUAUGGCCCACUAACACAUGGCAGCUCUAAGUCAAAGGCCCCUCAGACAUGUAAAUCCAGAGCACAGACAUGCUCAUUAGCUGCUCACUGGAAACUCCAGGCCAGGCGAACUGAGGAUGAAAGAUACUUGAAUUCUGGAGCACCUGUGAGCACACAUUUUCACUUCUGUUACCCAGUAUUAACAGGUGGUCAUUGUCGUGACAUGAGAGUGAAGCCCGAAGAUGUCAAUGACGCUUGAGCCAUUUAUGUAACAUUUUUUGUGUGUGUAUCUCAACUCAUUAAUAAAGAACAGGAAUACUUUCUGUCUUAUUUCUG